GGUUUCCUGUUCCUCCCAGGAGCCGGAGCUGCACUGGGUCCACACUGCGCCGGCCCUGGCCCCAGGAGGACGCCAGCUCCAGCUGCACGGCAGGGACCUCGCAGGACACGCAGCCUCCUCACACCCGACCGGCGGUGCCAUGGGCUUUGGGCCGGAGCUGUGGUGCCCGCAGGGGCACAGCGCGCUGCUGCGCCUGCAGGACAGUGAGCUGCGCCUCCUGGAGCUCAUGAAGAAGUGGAUGUCGCAGCGCGCCAAGAGCGACCGGCAGUACGCGGGGAUGCUGCACCACAUGUUCUCCCAGCUGGAGAAGCAGGAGAGCCCCGGGCAGCUCCGCGCCGGUGACCACGGCAGCCAGAUCGGGGAGUCCUGGUGGGUGCUGGCGAACCGGACGGAGGCGCUGAGCCAGAUCCUGCGCCAGCAUGCGGAGGAGCUGGUGGCGGGGCCGCUGGCCAAGCUGAGCCUGCUCAUCCGCGACAAGCAGCAGCUCCGCAGGGCCUUCAGCGAGCAGUGGCAGCAGCUCAGCCAGGAGUACACCCGGACCACGCAGCAGGAGAUGGAGAAGCUGAAGGCUCAGUACCGCAGCCUGGCGCGGGACAGUGCCCAGGCCAAGCGCAAGUACCAGGAGGCCAGCAAAGACAAGGAGCGGGAGAGGGCAAAGGAGAAGUACGUGCGCAGCCUCUGGAAGCUCUAUGCCCUGCACAACCAGUACGUGCUGGCCGUGCGGGCAGCCGCACUCCACCACCACCACCACUACCAGCGGGCACUGCCCACCCUCCACCAGUCCCUCUACAGCCUGCAGCAGGAGAUGGUCCUCGUCCUGAAGGAGAUCCUCAAGGAUUACUGCAGCAUCAGCAGCCUGGUGCAGGAGGAUGUGUUGGCUGUGCACCAGGAAAUCGCUGGUGCCAUCCAGGCCAUCAACCCUGCCACCGAGUACAGCAGCUUCAUCCAGAGCCACAGGUACAGCUCCGAGGUGCCACCAGUGGUGUCAUUUGAUGAGAGCUUGCUGGAGGAGACUGAGAGCCUGGCACCAGCUGAGCUGCAGCUGAAUGAACUGACCAUCGAGAGCGUCCAGCACUCUCUGACAUCGGUUGAGGAGGAGCUGGCAUCUGCCACGGAGGCCGUGAGCAGCAAGGAGCAGCGGGUGCAGGAGUUGCAGGCGGAGAUCCGGGGCGAGGAGCAGGGCCUGAGCCCUGGGGAGCGGGUGCACUUGCUGGGCAAGCGGCAGGGGCUGCAGGAGGUGCAGCAGCAGCUCGAGGGCUGCCUCUGCACGCAGGCCAAGCUGCAGGCGCAGCGAGACCUGCUGGCCACCAAGCUGGCGGAGCUGGGGACCGGGAAGCCACUGCCUGUGCUGCUGCUGCAGGAUGAUCGGCACUCGGUCUCCUCCGUGGAGCAGGAGCGCAGCGGGAGCACUGCACUGGACACCCUCAGGAACCACAUCUCGGGCAUCUUCAGCCCCAAGUACUCGCUGCCGCCCCUCGUGCCCCUGAUCCCGGAGCUGCAGAAGCCGCUGUGCCAGCAGGUCUGGUACCACGGGGCCAUCCCGCGCUCGGAGGUGCAGGAGCUGCUGAGCUGCAGCGGGGACUUCCUGGUGCGGGAGAGCCAGGGCAAGCAGGAGUACGUGCUCAGCGCGCUGUGGGACGGGCAGGUCCGGCACUUCAUCAUCCAGGCUGCUGAUAACAUGUACCAGCUGGAGGGGGACGGGUUCCCCACCAUCCCGCUGCUCAUCGACCACCUCCUGCAGAGCCAGCAGCCUGUCACCCGCAAGAGCGGCAUCGUCCUGGCCAGGGCUAUCCCCAAGGACAAAUGGGUGCUCAACCACGAGGAUGUGCUGCUGGGGGAGUGCAUCGGCCGGGGGAACUUUGGGGAGGUGUUCAGUGGCCGCCUGCGUGCUGACAACACCCCCGUUGCCGUGAAAUCCUGCCGGGAAACCCUCCCAUCCGAACUCAAGGCCAAGUUCCUGCAGGAAGCAAGGAUCCUCAAGCAGUACAACCACCCGAACAUCGUCCGGCUCAUCGGUGUCUGCACCCAGAAGCAGCCCAUUUACAUUGUCAUGGAGCUGGUGCAGGGGGGGGACUUCCUGAGCUUCCUGCGCAGCGAGGGGCCCCACCUGCGUGUGAAGGAGCUGAUCAAGAUGACGGAGAACGCUGCCGCCGGCAUGGAGUACCUGGAGAGCAAGCACUGCAUCCACAGGGACCUGGCUGCUCGCAACUGCCUGGUGACAGAGAAGAACACCCUGAAGAUCAGUGACUUUGGGAUGUCACGGGAGGAGGAGGAUGGCAUCUACGCCUCCACAGGGGGGAUGAAGCAGAUCCCCGUCAAGUGGACUGCCCCUGAAGCGCUCAAUUAUGGGAGAUACAGCUCAGAGAGUGAUGUCUGGAGCUUCGGGAUCCUGCUGUGGGAAGCCUUCAGCCUUGGUGCUGUACCCUACACCAACCUCAACAACCAGCAGACACGUGAGGCUGUGGAGCAGGGCGUGCGGCUGGACCCCCCCCUGCAGUGCCCUGAGGAGGUGUACCGCCUGAUGCAGCGCUGCUGGGAGUACGACCCUCGCAAGCGGCCCAGCUUCGGCACCAUCCACCAGGACCUCAUCGCCAUCCGCAAGAGGCACCGGUGAUGGGGAGCCCCGGGCCCCACCGGCCCGCUCCAGACAGCUCCGUGUGCCCAGAUCCAUCCCGGCAGCAGCGUCCAUCUCUGCCUGGGAAGAGGGCGCUGCACCUGGACACGGCUGUGACCCCUCCCAUGUGCUCCCGUUUGCGCUCCCGG